AGAAUAUAUAAACUAGAUUUCUUUGGUUUAAAGGCUAUUUAGAUUGUAAGAGACGAGAUUAGACCAAUAUGAUCCGACUUGUUUGUCUUGUAGCACUGGCGACAUGCGCUACAGCUCAGAUAUUCGAACUCCAUGGACACCAUGAACACGGAGAGUACGGUUCGUUCACCUUCCAUUAUGACGCAACAUCGCACUAUCUGGUAGGCAGAACGAGACAUAACUGCUACCUCAUGAGUCUUGGCCCCAACGAACAGCUCGAUGUCCAUACCAACACUGGAUUGGAAAAGUCCGAACUGAAGAUGAUACAGUUGAUCAGUGGUGGGGAGGAUGAGCUAACAAAGGAACAGAUUGUAAAUCACGAUCGUUUAAUUGACUACAUGUGCAGAGGUCAUCAUCUGUACAUGGUGGGUGAUGUAUCUACUCGACCCCCGACAACUGUUGCAUAAGGUGUCAAUUAUUACUUGCUGUAUGGAGACACUGGCUUACUUUGAAUCAAUAUGUUCUGGACUUUGAAAUAAAUUUUUCAUCGUAA